AAUAUAUCUGAAAAGAUUAUUCAAGGUCGCGUUAUUUAAUUACAUAAUCAUUAUUGAAAAUUAAUGUACGUACGCUAAUUGAAUUUAUUUGACUCGGAUUCGUUUUAGGGGCAGCCAAAUCGUACGCAGCGAAUUCAAAUGGACGUCCAGCACUGAAAAGUAAUUAGAGUUUAUUCAAUUCUCAUUCUCAUUCUUGAUUCUGACGCUUGUCUCUAUUGUGUUACGUAUGUGAUUAGGCCAUAAGUAUGAUGUGUAAUAAUACGUAUGAUUCAGUGAGAGGUAGUAAAUUUUGAAUGUGCGAGACCGGGUUCAGAGCGCACUGAUUAUUUAUACCUAAAGACCUAUAGCUCGUCGUGGCACUUCUCUCGCGGUUUUUUUUAUAAUUUUUUUAUUUUUGUUAUUACACGAGCUUCUGUAGCCAGCUACGGAAGAGGAAGAACAAGAAGAAAUAUAUCAGUGAUCAAACACCGAACGUGCGGAGGCGGUGCUACCAAGUGAUAAACCGGCAGAGGGGAUACGAGAUUAAAGAAAAUCUGUGAAAAACAAAAGCGCGUGUUAUAAGGGAUAUUGAGGCGAACUUUUGAGUCAGAAGAAUGGAUCCGAAUCUUUCGCCAAAUCUUUAUUCAAAAAAAAUGCACAACUCUUAUGAAGAUGAGGAAGAAAGAAUGCAUUUUCUUCGCAUAGUUUCUGCAUUUAAAUACUACAGAUAUUGUCGUUAUACUAACGAAAGAUAUUCUUACAAAUAUCUUUACUAAUCUGUAUCUCAUUCCCUCCAACGGGUAAAAAAAACAGAAUCAUACUUCAUGUCUCUUCCGGUUCAUCAUCAAAAGGUCUUGUCAAAGUACAGAGAACAUCUGCAGGAGAUUAAAAGAUGCAUAGAAAACAAUGACCACAUAAUCAAACUCAUCAUCAAGGACGUUACCCAUAUCUUUGAGAACGUCAGUCCGACGACUGCUCAGACUGAAAGUACACCAAAUCCACGUCCAGUUCUGGCGGAUCAAGAAAAGGUACAGGCUACUAUAAAGCAGCUUGUUCGUGACUGGAGCGAAGAAGGCGCUCAGGAACGACUCACCUGUUAUCAACCUAUCAUAGACGAAAUCAUCCAACAAUUUCCACCCGAAUUUUGCAUACCGUCAGAAGUACAAGUUCUUGUGCCAGGAGCUGGCUUGGGACGCCUCGCCUAUGAAAUUGCUAGACGAGGCUACACGUGCCAAGGGAAUGAAUUUUCUCUUUUCAUGCUCUUUGCUUCACAUUUCGUUUUGAACAAAUGCAGAGGAACGAAUUCGUAUCAGGUUCAUCCUUGGGUCCAUCAGUUCAUGAAUAACUUGAAACCUGAGCAUCAAACUCAUGCCGUUUUAUUUCCGGAUGUGAAUCCAAGCGACCUUCCCGAAAAUGCACAAUUUUCAAUGGCUGCUGGAGAUUUUUUGGAGGUUUACAGACAAGACAAUCACUGGGACUGCGUGGCUACAUGUUUUUUUAUUGACUGUGCAAACAAUGUAGUACAAUUUAUUGAAACUAUAUAUAAAAUAUUAAAACCCGGUGGUGUCUGGAUAAACUUAGGCCCGUUGUUGUACCACUUUAGCGAUAUACCAAUGGAAGAUUCAAUAGAGCCCAGCUACGAGGCUGUUCGUGAAGUUAUAGAAGGUCUUGGAUUUCGUAUGGAGAAAGAAGAUACUCACGUAAAAACCCGUUACGCACAAAAUACCAAUAGUAUGCUACAGUACGAGUAUAACAGCGUUUAUUUCGUCUGUAGAAAACCAAAUGUAACUUCAUCGGCUGAUUCGAAUAAUCACAACACUAAUGGUUCCGAAUUAAACGGAUCUCAGGAACAAGAAAAUUAAACGGCGUCACUAAUACCGUUGUUCAGCUCAUCGGGAAAAUUGAGGAUAUCGAUGAUACGAUUGAUAGGUGAAAUACAUAAAAAAAAUCAUUACCUUAUCAUCGUAGGAAGGUAAGUUAUACAGUUGAAUCGAAAACAUUUUGUUUUAAACCUUUGGAAUUUUAACGAUCACCCAUUAAUUCUUGGAAAUAUUAACUGUAUGAAAGUUAAAGAAAAGUGGAGUUCUAAAAUUUUCAAAAUAGGUUGAAUUUCUCCUGUCGCGAUUACUACGUCUUUCAUUAAUUUGACUAUGUAUUUGGGUCAAUUUUCUGUGCAUUUUAGACUAGCAUUGGAAAAGUUGAAUGAUCGUAAAAAAUUAUAAAAUCAUAAAAUCAUCUAUAAUAAUUAUAGUUUAUUGUAUAGCUUGUCUGUUAAAUUCCAAUUUCUACAAUUGCAACAUCAUUUUAUACACUGUACACGAACAGGUGUGAAACUUGAUUAAGUUUCGCCAUCUCUUUUUCCUCCCCUAAUAACGACAAAAAAAUACAUGUAAUACAUGUAAAUACAAAUACACGUAAUGAUAACAAUAACAAUAACAAUAACAACAAUAAUAAUAAUAAUAAUAAUAAUAUCAGGAAAUCUCAAAUUUGUUGAGUACUGUAAUAUGUCACGUCAAGUGUGCAGGUAAUUUAUGAAUUGUAUGUUUAUUAGAUAUUUUACAAAUAGCUGAAAGGCGAAGUGGAUUAUUUCAUGGGUUGUUUAGUGCCUUUUUGAUGCUUAGAUUCAUAUCUGAUGAAAUUUAUUUUAUUUUUCAUUACGCACGUAUGCUAUAGUGGUGAUCCCAAUCGUACUGACUAACCGUAUGAAAACCAAACGAACAAACUGAUAGAAAACUAGAAGGGAAAAAUAAACUAAUUGUAAGCGAAAAAAAAUUUAUUACAAUUAAUUAGGUACAAUACCAAAUAAAAAAAAAUGUCAUUAUAAGUA